GAAGUGGGGACUGAAUCGAAGGUCCAAAGUCCACAUAUUUUUUUUCUGUGGGUGUGGGUGUGUAUUGUACUUCCUGAUAAAAGCACUAUUAACUUCCUCUGGUUUAAUCAAACACAGAAGCCUUCCUGUGCAUGUCACACACUCACACAGACUCAAUACUGAAUGUAGCCUUGAUGCAUACACACUCCGGCGGUACUAUAGAAAAAAGAUAAAAAGACAGAGAUAUAAAAAAAAACACAGUGGUGGCAUUUAAUUUUCAUGUGCAGUCAAGCUCGGCGUUCUAUUGUAGUGCUGAAUAGAAUACUUUUCUUCAGUUUCUGUCUUCUAGCAUAAGUUGGAGGUUUGUAUCGUUUGGUGAUAAACGAAACAACCCGUGAGUUUUGAUCAUUAUGUUUGUGCAGUAUAGAGGAGAUGUAUGAUUCUCUCACAUGCUACACGCGGAGCAUGGACCCAGUCGUUGAGAACUAGCUAGAACAACUCGUCUCGUGUGUGCUUAUUCUGCAGUUUCACUUUUUGUUGUUCAACGGGAUAACAAACCUUCGCUUGUAUGGACUGAUGCCACAUUGACCAGGUAAUUUUCCUCAUGCUUCGAUACUCUGAUUCAUUUUGCAUGUUAAGCUUGUAGAAACUGAUCUGAUGGACUAAAAAAUUGAUUGCUACUUUGAUGAGAUUUGAUAUCUGAAGAGAAAGGAUUCUAGAAAUCAUACUUACAGGACCACUACAUGACUACAGGUGUACUGCUAAAGCUGGUGAAUACCGGUAUCUGGCAAAACAAUAAAUUCAGGUCUGUCUGCACAUAAUCAGUCAUUAGAAGCUUUGGCAAGAAUCAAUCUGAUCUGCAAAUUCCUUGCCCUGACAUCUUUGAGAAAGGACUGCGAGACAUACAGGAGCCAGUCUUCUUACACAAUCUCUAUGCCACCGAGUUUGCCUGGAUUCAUUUAAACAGGUGGAAAUGAAAGAGACAAGAGUGAUUGAUGUGAGACGAGUUCCGAAAACACCUUUCAUCCUAAAGGCCUCCAAAGUAUAGAUGAUGAAAAAACAAUGGUAGAGAAGAGCAAUGAUGAUUUACAUAACCAAUUAGGAAAGAGUGAUGAUUACCAUAACCAAUUAGGUAUAAGUGAUCAUGACAUUAUCUCAAAAUUCAAUGAUAACUUUAGCCUAAAGCUUCUAUCUCCCCUUGUUCGUCUAAAGAGAGAGCUGCAUUUGUCUCUUCCUGGUCUUGUUCCCAGACAACAAAUCCAAGAAAACUUCAGAGGACACAAUGAGAAUGGCCAAGACAUUAGAAAUGGAAAUGUGGUUGAAACCAGGUGUGGAUUGACUUACAAGAAUGACUUAGAUUUGGGUACAUCAUUUCCCCAUGAGGGGGCACUGGAAAACACUUCCAAUGACAGCGAACUAUUGCAAUCUGAAUUGAAAUCAAGCAAAGCAGUCAAGGGAAAUGUCCCCCUCAUAAGAACAGAGAAUGUACCUGAACAACGGGUAGUCAACAUCAAGAGGAAACGUGGAAGGCCACCAAAGAAUCUUAAAGAUGUAGGUGGUACAGUCGCAAAAAACAUAGGCUCUACUAAGAAGCCCCAUAGCCUAUCAACUGUCUAUCAACCAAGAAAGCGUGGUAGGCCACCAAAGAAUGGAGUACCUGACAAAGGCAACGCACAAAAUGUAAUUCCUACUGCUGUUCCUGUUAGUCGUUUGUCUAGUGCAACAAAGAGUCAAAGAAAUCACCCCUGUAAAAAGUCAAAGGUUGGCUCCACAGCUAGAAAGGAUGACAUAGUUCGUAAUUACCCAUUGAGAAGAUUGCUUCCUUCAAAAUCAAGAGACUUAGGAGUGUCCAAGAGAUUCCCUAGAUAUGCCAAUGUUUUAGGACGAGUUGCUAGAAACAGUUCUACCAUUCUCAUAAAAGGAACAGUACACCUUGUAUUGGUAAAACCUACUCUCAGAGAACAGUUGAAAAUUCAAAAUGCAUCAAUGGUGAGUUGAAAGAAGCGGAAAAAAUCGAGGAAGCCAAAGAGGAAAUCAAUGGUGAAUCGUUAGAAGCAAAAGAAUUUCCUCAAGAAAUCGUGGAUUCCAAAGAAGAAAUCAAUGGUGAAUGGAUAGAAGCAGAAGGAAUUCCUCAAGAAAUCGAGGAAUCCAAAGAGGAAAUUUCACAAAGUUGCAGGACUAAAUUAUGUGGCGAUCCUGGAGAUACUUCUAUAUCAGUUGAGCCAAAGGCAAGCGAACAAAGGACUAAUGAUAAAGAAGCAUGUGAAAGCCUAUCAUCUACAAUUUCUCCAGCCAAUGGCCACUUAGCAUGUGUGAAAGAAAAAGGAAAUACUCCAAAAAAGUCACAGAACAAGCCAAAGCUGUUGAACUUUCAUUUCGUUGGAAACCUUCCUUUGCCUCCUGCUCCCACAUAUGUGAAUCGAUCUGCGAAAAGGAAAAAAUGGAAACCAUUAUCAAAACAUGGUAAACAUCUUGGUGAAUCCAUAAGUGUUUAUGAUUUCACUGAUUCGUCAGACGAGAUUUUGUGUGAGCCAACUACUCCACUCUCAGACCAGCCACAACGUAAAAGAGGAAGACCUCCAAAGCAGAAAAUUGAUGAUGCGGUAGGAGCAAAGCAGUUCCAGUCAAGGACAGUAUUACCACAUAGAAAACACUGUAGGAACAGGUCAGAAAUGAUAACAUCAAGAAAUUUGGAUCGUUUGGACAUUGUACAAGGUAACAAGGAACCUCAAACGAAAAAGAGUCGUGGGAGGCCACGGAAGGACACAACGACCAUGUUGCCAUCACAGAAAAACUGCCAGGAAGAAGCACAUAGAGUAUUUCAUGUCCAGAAACUUGACAUACUACAUCAGGAAAGUGGAUGUAUCAUAUCACAUGUGGAAAAAGACUUGCCCCUGCAACAAGAAAGACUUAUUGAUGAUAACUUUCCUGGAACGGAUAGGAACAGCAAUCCGUUUUGUGUUCCAAAAUUAAUUGAAAGCAGACAACAGAAGACGGAUGUAUCAUUAUUACAUAAUACACAACCUAAUCCUCUAAAAGAUGACAGUGGCCAUGUUUCCAGUGCUAUGCGGACACUAGCUUGGAAGGACAAACCAUCAUCAGAAUUUCAAGGGAUGAGUGAAGACGUUACAUGCUUGACUCCUCCAGGAUCAAAUGAAUGCCUCUCAACAAUAUCAGGAGAUGAAUGUCCUCAAACUCCAGAAGAGCCUAGCAUCCAGAAAGCAUGUCAGAGCCCAAGCAACGUCACCAUUUCAUUGUCAUCUUCUGCUCCGGAUCCCCUCUCCGAAGCUGUCGCUUCAUCACCUUCAUCAAAUCUCCAUAUGCCACAAUUUCAUCAGGGUUCUACAAUUACAGACAGCUCCAAAGAAAUGUUGGACAGGACCAGAUCUCCUUGUGUGCUUCCAGUAAUGAGAAAGGAAAGCAUGUGUGGCAGAGAUCAAAGCGAAAAAAGUAUUACUGAAGGUAAUCCAGGGAAUUCAGAGAAUGUAUCCAUAGUAGCCACAGACGGUUCUACUGAAGAAUCAGAUGGACUUGCACAAGUGAGAAUUGCGAAGACCUUUUCCUUGUCAAAAGAUGAACUCUCAAGUAGCUGUACACACUUUGGAGACAUGGAAACUCAACACAGUGGAGCCAAUUCAACUACCAGUGUUAAUAAUGUUCCAGUGAAAGUUACUGACGAUUCAUCUAUUUUGCCAAGGAGGGAGAGGAAAAACAUAUUCCAGGCAUUGGGAAGCGUUUUGAAUUCUCAAACUUCUAAUCAGGGUAGAAACUUGGAUGCGUCUGAUUUCAGUUAUUUCAUACAGCAAGAUGAAUGGCAUCAAGAACUGAGUGUAUCAGACCCUGAGAUACCUUGCCUCGAGGCCUAUGGGGGUAGUGGUCAAUAUGGCUACGCUUCCCACAACAGUCCACACUCUGGGGGUUCUGACACCUUACCGAUAUUAGAAAAAGAAGCUUUCCAUGGUACUUGCCUCGAUGAUGAUGAUGAAUUUGAAUUUGAGAACCCAUCUGACGUUACCUCAGAGUUUGAUAAGCCACGAGAGAAUGUCAAUGUUGAAGAUUUUUCUCAUAACUGGCCCUUAGGAUCAGAUCCACCUCAGCCUGAAACUGACAUAAUUGAUGCAGCUGAAGCAGUUGAUCAAGAUCUCCAGAAGGAAGAUGCUGGUGUUGCAGACGAUGAGGAAGAAUUCGAGUUUGAGACUCCAGAUGAAGAUGACACCAUACAUCCACAUGUCAAGUUAUUAGAGGAACAAUCCCCAAGCCACAUCGCAAUCAGUGAGUCUUCGACUUCCAAGGAGGAAUGUAUCCAUAAUGAUCGGAAGGUGCUGAGCACUCCAACUGAAAUACAGGAGAAACAAACAGACCAAUGUGAUGAUAUGCAGUUUCAGAAUUCCUUUCCUAAUCUUGGUAUUUCGCCCAACCAUUUAGUAAGUUCAGCAUCAUCCCCAAGCAUGUCAGCAUCUGGUAAUUCAAGUCCCAGUAGAGGUGUGGGAUUUCAGGAUUGUAAGAAAAGCCCUUCUACCAAGCUUCAGAAUCUUCCUAUGCCAGAUUCUAUAGACACCACUGAAGAACUAAAUGGAAAUGCCACUGCUAUUCAAGAAUUCCAUGUAUCACAAAAGCCAUUACACCAAACUUGGUCAGAACAUGUAAAACAAGCAGAUAUCAUUGAAAAUGAUCAAGAAAAGAAUGGCAUUACACUGGACAGCGGCAACAUCUCUGAGCAAAACGAUGAAAGCAGUGUGCCUGAUAGCAAAGUGAUGCAAGAUGUGGACAACAAAAUAGACCAAAAGGAAAGCAGUGUGGUAGAUGACACAGAGAUGCAAGAAAUGGAUCAACAAGAAACACAUUCAAAAUCUGUUACUGAGGAGGUUGAUAUGGCGCCUGGAAUGGAAGGAAGAGAUGAACAAUCGAGUGACGGGAACAAUCCUGCAGAAUGCAACGAUGAGAGUUCUGAGAAGCCCAAUACUUCUCAAGAUAUGAAUGAUGAGCAUCUGCAAAGCAACACCGCAGUCGAUAAAGGGAUACCAAUACAUGAAGCACACCCUACUGAUAAAAAUAAUGCUGAUAGCUUACGUCAAGAAUCACAACAUGUGGCUGAUCCUAAAGAACUACCCAACUCCACUUUUGAUAGAUGCUCACCAGAAUUAGUUGAUGAAGAGAAAGUUGCUCACUCUGUAGUAGGUGAUAUUGAGAUUUCCGAUGACUGCAAAGCUGAUACAAACGUCCAAGAAGGAGACUCUUCACUAAAUGGUCAAGAUACAGCAGAACUUUCUAGCGGUGCUACUGAUUUACUAAACCAUGUCAGACCUUCCAACGAUGCAGAUUCUGAAGCCUGUAAAAGGAAAGAAAAACGGACCAUUAGAUUGUCAGAAACACCUGAAGAUAACCUUGACAAACGAGCUAGUGAAGAUUCUAUACAUAGAGCCUCCCAAGAAGAAAAUCACAAAGGUGAAGAACAUCCUCCCAUAAUGCAGUGUAAGGAAACCGAAUUCCAGGAAGAGGAACCUGAAAAAGAUCUGCACAAAAAGGAAGUCAUAUCAGAGGAAUGUCCCGCAACAGUAGAAACAUCAUGUAAGGAUACAGAGAAGGAAUCUAAAAGCUCAUCAGAUGAUAAUGAGGAGGACUUAGUAGAUGUGGGUGUCCUGCAAGAUUCAUAUGCAAAAGUUGAACAUGCAAGCUUAACAGCUAGUGAACAGUUACAGGCCACAUUGGAGUCUAAGGAGGACACAGAUGAGGUUACCACUGUGCCAUCAAAGCCUGAAGACUGUUCCGAUGCGAUGGAGUUACAAGAACAAAUAAAGGAACCUCAGUCAACUUUGUCUACUGGUCCUGAUGUCGAGGAAUUAUGUCCGAUCAGGAUUGACAAAAGAGGCGGUCAAACUGACGUGACUAAAAGUAAUGAACAACAGGAACCUGCACAGUCAGAUAGCACUAAAAGGGAAAAUGACAAUCCACUUUCCAGUGAUUCACAAAAUGAAUCUGACUUUGAAGAUUCGCAACCAUUAUCACUAUCACAAAUGCAGCAAAAUCAAGUAGUUGAUGCUCUUCAGCAGUCUAACUCUUCCAUUGAACAAGAAAUACAGAAUUGUGAGAAGGAGGAAAGUAAUCCUCAGCCCAGCUUAACAAAGGACAGAGACAUGGUUAAGGAUCAGUCUGCAGAUCAUCAACUUUCCCUGCAGUCCAAUUUGGAAGAACUAGAAACUUCUAAACUUGACCAGAGCCAAAAAGAGUUGACAGCAGAAUACUUGGGACAGGACUGUCCUAAAGAAAGUGUUACAACAGAGCCAACUGUUCUACCUGAAUCUCUCUGUAGUCCUACCCAUCCAAAUGGUUCAUUUGAAAGUUCGGCAAACCAGACUGAUACUUCACAAGAUGGGAACAAUCUUAAAGAUGAUAUUACUUAUUCAAAUUUUUCCCAAACAUCAGAGGGGCUUGUUAAUCUUAUUGAUGCAAAGAAACAAGCCAAUGAAGAUCCUUUCGUGUACUUGGGAGGAUCAACAUGUGAAGGGACAAUGGACAUGCUGUCAGUUGCCUGUGAGGAAACUGUAGGGGGAUAUGAUGAGGAUGCUAUGUCUACAACAAGUUCAGGGGGUGCUACUAUACCAUACCCACUCAGUGAUGGGGAUGACUGGAAUGAUCAUGAUGAAUGCAAUGAUAAUAAUGUUGCUCAGGUUGGGGUACCUUCAUCAACUGUACAAGAUGUGCCAAAUCUACACACAACUAGACACAGAAAAGAUGUAGAACAUUCAUUAACUUCAACUGCCUGUAAAUGGACUGUAAAGUUCACUAAUCCAAAGAAAAGAAAGAGAUCUAGAGAUCGACACCUUGCAAAAGGCAAAAGGAAAUCACACAAGAAACAAAAUCCAACAGAAAAAGGAGACAAGAAACAUAUCAAAAUGACCUUUGUAGCUGAUUCAGAUGUCGUAUUUGGGAGUAAGUCUCCUGACACAGCCACAAAGCUGUCAGAAAAUGAGGAAUCAGUACCAGGUGAAAACUCACAAUCACUGCUGCAAGAGGAGGCCAUUGUUAUGGAACCAUCUGGAAGAAGGAACCAUCUGGAAGUAGACGAUCCAAUGGUAGAGAAAGAAAUCAAUCAGGAUUUAGAGAAACCAAAAUCACCACAGAAGACACAAUUGGUUAGCCAUACUACAUGCAAACUCCCCAUUUCCAAGAGUUCACACAGUCAUCUUUCUCACAUCAAUGAGUCAAGUCCUGCUGAAGCCAAUCAAUCUGUAGUAAUGAAACCAAUUGGAACUAAUGCAGAAACACUGGGAGAUUCUAAUUCAGAGAAGAGGCCAAGUAGUGAUGACUGUCAAGUCGGAGAGCCCUUGAACGGAGGUCCUGAACCAGUGGUCAUAGCUACUUCAAGAGUAGAGGAUCUAGUAAUGAUCGCUGGUGAUGAUCCUAGGACACUAUCAGCUGGCAAGGAAUUGUAUAGUGCAUCAGCUACAGCUGCAUUGAAGAGCUUAGUCCCAUCUGGGAGUCUGCCAAGCAACCAAGGUGUUACUCCGAUGGUGGAAAUUCAGUCAACCAUUUCAUCCUCUGGAUGCAUGACAGAUCCUCAAAGAGAGGGUAAAAAAAUGCAGCAUACAGUACAAAGUUCAGCUGAAGAGGUUGACAUAGGUGCAAAGACUGUGCAGCACAUUCCUCAGUACAUUCCCCAGUACAUUCCCCAAGAUAAAGCAACCUUCUUUGGUACACCUAGAAAUAACAAAACUCAAAUAAGACCCCAGCUUAACACCAAUAGAACUUACUUUUUAAAUCCUUCGCAACAAUCUUCACAUUUCCUCCAACAACAACCCCCUGUACCUAUGAUACAACUGAGGAAUCCAUAUUUGAAACAGUCAGGAACCUGCGACGAGCUCAAACAACACCUGCUGAGUAAAGAAAAGCUUGUUGCACCAGAUCUGCCAAACCUGAUGCACCAUCAACCCCAAAGUCAAUUACCUAACCCCAAUCAAAGGAGUACUUCUCGGCAAAAUUCUGCGACCUAUCCAUCAGAAAGGGAGUUAGCGUUAAAUCAACUAGCAGAGCUACGUAUGCAGUCGCAAAUAGACAGAGAAAAGCGAAAUGCAAAUGUACCAAAAAGAGAGAACACUGCUGUGACAAUUAAUCACACAUACUUGGAAUAUUUUCGACCAUCUCCUCAGAGAAAUUUACCUAUUGGAACAAAUCCCAAUCACUUUGGAGCUCAGGGCAUGUCGGUCGGAUUAGGCCAUGAAGAGUAUGAGAGGCCACAAUUUCAUGGUAGCAGGGUUGCAACAGCUGGAACAUUUAGCCCUCCAAUCGCAGACCAGCUACCCAGAAACCUAGCAAAAUUUCAAAAUCAGCAAAUCCAUGACAAAGGAGAAACCAGCAGAGUAAGGUAUUCGCCUGCCCAUCAUCAUUUGGGAUAUGCAGACAAUAUUCCAGUGUAUACUACUUCAGGGCCAAAAGAACAAUUGAUUGCUGUCUAUCCUGAUGGUACGCAGGCUGGAAUUCCACCCCGCACGAAUCUUCAACAAAAUCUUCAGCCUGCAAGGAAAUCAAGCACGCCAAUGCAAGUCUCAACUGUAAAACAGCCGCAGUCUAAUCCUGGCAAAGAACCUACACAGGCCCCGGUUGAUCAAGAUAUAGCACUUGAUAUGUUGAGGCAACUUCAUGGUGGAUGUGGAGCCAUUAAAAAUGAUCACGCCGGUCAAGAUCUAUUGGGAAGUCAGACUUCAUGCGUUUCUCUCCUGGAAACCCCACAUGUCUUACCAAUUAUGGGGCUCAACCAGAGCCCUACUCUGAUUCAGCAUCCUUCACAGACUUCAAAUCAAUUAAUACAUCAACUGCCGAAUCCUGCAUUUGAUCGUUUCUUAUCGAGCCAGAGAAUGAACAUGGUUGAUUCCCAGCAUGUGUUGUAUCAUCCACACACAGUGCAAAGCAAUCAAGGUAGCUCUUUGACAGGUGCUGCUACUAACUUAUGCCACACGACAUCAAGAACUCCCACUCCCAGAAUGCACAGCCGAACUCCUACACCAAAAUCGAAUACCACCUCUACAACAUAUACCAGUGAUAACUUAACCAUUCUGUCUCACCAACCAGUAUCAACAGAGUUAGAAAGAGCAUCUCUGUCAAGAACAUCAACACCAAGGAGUCACUGUACUCCAUCAUCUACACCAAACUCCAUCGGUGAAUCAACUCUUCCAGGACAAAUGGACAUUCAAACAUCUCAGAUGUUGCAGAAGAACAGUGCUCCUGAAGAAGAGAUGCCACUUGACCUUACCUGUAAAGCAAGAACAAAGGUACAUGUUGAACAAAACCCCAUUGCUCCUCUUGAUCUGUCUUGCAAACCAAGAAUGUGGGAUGCUGAGUCACGAGAGCAGAUUGUAGCACGGUUCCAUCGUGAGGUUAUUGAGGAGAGCAGGAUACAGGUUACUCUUUCAAGAUCACAAUCAGAACAUCCUGGCAGUGAUAUUGUAGAGGCAAAUAGAAAUGAAGCUCGAAGCAUUCAAUCAGAAAUGUCUCAUUCUAGCAACACUUACACUACAGUAGACAGUCGCCAUGAUAGAAGCCCUGUACAAACUGAUUAUGUGUCCCAUCAAGAUCGGAAUAUCUCGAGGCAAGAUUUGAACACUGAAUUGCUUGGAAGUAAGCUUGGACAUCCUUGGAAGUCUGGUGAAUCAACUACCCCAGUAGAGUUUGUACCAGAAAAUGAACAAAUGGUAGAUGUGAUAACAGUUCCAGAACAGUAUGUAGCAAUAGACAGAAAUGUGUGUAUUGAAAGAGUUGGACAACCUCAUGCUUUCAGUGAUCUGCUGGACCAUGGACUCACUUCUGAAGGGCCUGGCCUAAAAAUUGCAAAAACCUGUAACACAUAUGUCAAUCCAGCCACAGGUACUUCAAGCAUUCCACUUAUUGAUCUCACUACGAUCCCUAAGAAGAGCUUAACUCUAACAGCUGGUGAGUCUGCAAAGACAACAGUAGCAGUUCAUCACAGACUAGAACAGGUUCCAGAUGAAACCAAUGCGAAGAAGCUGGCUGAUUCUCAAGAUCAAUUUUUGCAUGUAUCAUAUCACCUUCGAAGAACAAGAAGUGAUGAUACUGAAGUGAGGCACAGCUCUAGCAUUUCACGAUAUACAAGCAAUGAUAGCCCAGCUGUGGGUUUCGAGAGCAACAAAAAUCAACCUGAUGGUGCCUGCAUUGAUCCCCAAAAUAUGCUGAGGAGUUCUUCAACUUCCAAUAUUGCAGUCGCUGCAUCUGACUUGCAAGUGGAAGAUAACUUAAAGCAGUUGAAAUCAAAUUUCCCAAAGGAUAGUCAGCCAGUGAGUGAUAUGAGUCAGUGCCCAAAGAAGCGAUACAAGCGGGCCCAUGAAGCAUACUUGAUGCAGUCUGUUGGCUUGACUCCUUCGAAGAUGCCUGCAGUAAGGACAGCCAGUGAUGUGACACAACCUGCAGCUUCUCUGUUGCCUUCUGGACGUCGUAAGAGAGGAAGACCAAGAGGCAGUAAGAAGACUUUUGAGGCGUCUCUGCAAGAAGCGCCUGUAAAUAAACAGUGCAAAUUUUGUGAAUUUGGAACCACUUCUCGUCAAGAAAUGAAAAACCAUGUAAAUGAAGUACACUUUGAAAAGUACAGGGCUAAAGCUGCAUCUGAAAAGGCUGACAGCAUCACCAACAAUCCUGAAAGUCAUGCAAGGUUUGGUGAUGAAUUUCAAGCUUCGGUAACUGCAGAAAUGGGACUGGGUACAUCGGGUUCCAAGGUUACACCAAACAUUUCUUCCAAAGUUGACAUGCCUGAAAGACUUGGUAGUAAAGAACUUUCCCAGGAAAUAUCAAACACGCUACAGACAGGGGCAGACUAUUGUCAUCAUUGCGAUAUUUACUUCAACGAUACCUCGUCACUUGCGGCACAUCAAAGAAUUCAUCACAAGUGUGAGAAACAGAGCUUUGAAUGCAGAUUAUGUGAGUUUUCUGACUCCUUACCAGGCCCCCUGGUGGUUCACAUCAACAAAAUGCAUUUAAAGGAACUGAGAGGAGGUCCUUGCCCAUUCCGGAACUGCAGUCGGAAGUUUUUAACAUUGACAGAAGUAAAGGAACAUCUGAAUGACCACUGGAUCGUGAAGCAGUAUGCGUGCAAGAUAUGUGGCGUUCGCUACCAGGUCUUCAGCUCCCUCAAGGCUCAUCUAGACCGUCACAAGCAGGAUCUCCCCAACACGUGUAAGGUAUGCACUCUCUCAUUCAAAACACCUGGGACUUUGAAAAGGCACCAGAAACUGAAAGGUCAUUUACCAAAACCCUAGAAUAUGAUUCAAGUGUCGUCUGCUGCAGUGAAAUGGAUAGACAACUUAAGAUUUAGUGCCUCUGUGAUUCCUUUAUUUUCAAGGAGCAUAAAAAUCACUUGUAUUGAAGAAAAGUACUAUUUUGUAAAUACAUGUAUAAGGCAUGAGGAUUACGCACAAAUCGAAAGAAUCAUUACUUUGGUUAAGAAACAUUUCUUAUUUUGGGUGGAAUCAUCCAAGGAAGCAGCAUUUUUAAACGUGAAAUCAUUAUUUGUCAUUCAUGAUACAUGAUAUUGAGGACUUACUAAUUAUUUUUAUGUAUAGGUGACAUGAUAUAUUUUCCUAUUGGAUACUUUGAUUAUGAAUCCUAAAUCCUGUUUACCUUAUUAACAGAUUGUUUAUUCCAUUCCCGUAACUUUAUACUUAUAUUUGAAGGACUAUCAUAUGUAUAUAUGACAUAAUGGAAUAUAGAAUCAGCCUCCUAUGUAAGUACAUCCUGCUAAUUUUUGAUGUUUUAAUGAGCACAUUGCACUGUGAGUAGAUUAUGUUGCCUCCAGGUCAAUUCACAUCAACACGGAGUCAUGCAAAUUUGCUACUGAAAAGGGGGAGGGGAAAAUCAUAUCACCUUUUAAAGCCCCUCUGCACUAGUUUGGCAUGGAGGGAUUAGACCUCCCUGCAAGGUCACUUGCAGGUGGUUAUCUCUUCAAAUCAGCUCUCAAUUACCAUAAGGAAAGGGGCAUCAUUGGGGUCAAAGGGUACAGAUUAGGCAUUUUUGGCUGUGUAGAGGGCGCAAGUAGCUAUAAGUAGUGCAGGGGGGCUUUAAAACUAAUCAAGUUUGUUAACAAAUAAAUAAAAAGGGCAUUGUCUUUAAAAUAGCUAUACAUUUCGAGGGUUCUUUUGUUAAUAGUGUGGCUUUAAAUUUCAUGAUUUGAUAAGGGUUGGACCUGUAGCUUUAUGUUUUCAUGUUUUUCCUCCACAUGCACAAUUGUAAAACCUUAAUCUAUGGUCACAACUCAGAGCGACGACCGACCGAUUUGUAGCCUGCUCGGUCGCCGCUGGAAUUUAGGCAUCGCUAAACGAUUUUUUUUUGUUGAAAAGUCUAUCGGGUUGUAGAGCCCCAAGCGAUGUCUGUGCGGUGCCCUGUCGAUAUCCCGUCGAUCGCCGGUCAUUUUAUGUAAAAACUGGGCGAAAUCGGGGAGCUUCUCGCCUUCUCUGGGCGGCGUCCCGGCAGUGACCGACUGAUGACCAAACGAUUCCCGAGCGGUCUCCCACCGGCCACCGGCUGAUUUUAAAGAAAGUGCCCGCCGGCCGGCCGAUGAUCGGCGGGGCACCGGUAUACACUCGGUGCCCGGGCAGUCGCCCCUCCCCGGUCAUCGAGCGUUCGCCGUCGAGCGAUAGACUCAAAAAUCGAAGCUGCGAGGUCAAAGGUUGCCGACCGCUUUCGAACUCGCCGCCCAGUGACCGACUAAUCUCCCAGUGACGACCGGGCAGCGACUGGGCGGCGACCGCUCGACAGCCUUUGACCUAGCGGCUACGAUUUUUGACCUAAAUCGCUCGACGGCGAACGCUCGAUUAGGUCGGUGUCGGGCGACAAACGCCCGGGCACCGUGCGUAUUUUGGGCGGCAAGCGAAAAGAUCAGGCGCCGCCGAAUCUUAACUCCGCGCUAAAACUUCAGCGGCGACCGAGCGAUACCCUGAAAACAUGAAGUGCUCUGGUUUGUGACCAUAGUUUAAACCAAUGAAUAAUAUAUAUUUUGGUGCAGGGAUUAAAACAAAUAGGAUCUGGCUUAAAACAAUUCUUAUAUCAAUUCCUAUAUCAAUUCCUAUAUCAAUUCCUAUAUCAAUUCUUAUAUCAAUUCUUAUAUCAAUUCUUAUAUCAAUCAAUAUUGGUGAUUGUUUUAGAUAAAUCAAGAUCUAAAUUUAAUUUUGUGGAAAAUCUCAAGCUUACGAUUCUGUCAUACUCUGUGGUGUAUAUCAAGAGAACUCUCCCUUUUGUUUUGUACACAUUUUGGAUGUAAAAACAGUUUUCUUGAAUUUGAAACCAAAUCACAAUUUUCUUAUUUUUCUUGUCUUUCUGGAACUUAUUAUUGUGUCUGUGAUUUAUCUGCUUCCAGCAAUGCACAUUUUUGUUUGUUUAGGAGCUCAUUAUCCCUUUGUAUUUAACAAAAGCUGUCUCAUUGUAUACAAAAUAUUGCAUGUACAUUAUUAUUUUGUUUUAAAUAUUAUUUCAAUAUCAUGCAAAAGAUUUCAGUUUUGUUCAAUAAUGUUAUUUAUAAACGCACUUCUGUUGAUGAUUCCUUAUAUCAAUGCUUUACCCGAUUAUAGAGGAUCUUUUUCAUAAUUUGUGAGGUGAUUUGUCGGCAAAAAAUAAAUUAUCUCCCAUAUAUUUUGCAUCAUGUUGCUCACUCACUUGAAAGGUAUGAAAUAAGAAUAUGAAAUAUCAAUCAUCUUCCAUGCGUUUUGCACCAUGUCGUACACUUAUGUGAAAGCUAAAUCCUCCAUUAAAAUGCGCUGUACAAAGGUGCAAUGGGAGAAUUAGAUUGCUAAAAGGCAAUGCGAUGUACAUUCAGGACUAAUAUUUCAAAUUUUUCUUGGCUGCCAACAAAUCAUUGAAAUAUAAUACAUGUUGUAGUUCAUGCCUUUUUAUUUCAUUGAUUUGCAUGUCAUGUACAUUACACUAAUAUAUAUGUAACUAAUCAUUUAUAUGACAGUAGGGAACUUUGAUUUGAUCAAUCAUGUAUUGAUUGUCAUGUAAAAGUUUUUCAUGUUGAUAAUAAUGAGGUGUUUAAACUCGUUAUAGGAACCCAUACGUGCUUGAAUAACUACGGCAAUACCUUCAGCUUGACUUCCAUGUACUCCAUUUUACUCAACCAGGAGAGGUGCUCUAUCCUUAAUGUCUGUCUUGUUCAAGCGUACAAUCUGGUAAUGUUUUGUAUCUUAAUUAGAGAUGGUUGGUAAAAGUCAUUCAAGUGUUUUUUCUUUGUCGUCAGAUCAUGGUAGUAAAAUUUUGUACGAUCGUUUAAAUUAUUUUUCAUUGAACCGAUAUGGAUUUUUGAAGACGGUUUCGAGUGUAAUGUUUGCGAGAAAAAAAUACAAUGUUCAAGAAAUAUUCUAUUGAUCAAUCAUGCAUGUCGCCAUAUGAUGAGAAACUUUCUAUUAUUAUUAUUGAUACUUCUUAGAGUAAACACGAACGCAAAUGGUUUCGAAGAAUCAAUUCAAGGUCAAUUUCAGUGCCCUACUAAAUGUCCAAUAGAAAUCAUGUUCAGAUUACGUAAUACGUCAUUGUCAUGUUUGUUGAUUUUUCGACACUAGUUGCAAUCGUUUUCGAUCUUCGACAAUUCUUUCUAAUAUAAUAAUAUCCGUUUUUUAAAUUGAAUUCAUAUCGUAUCACUUCUUUUAUAAUACCACAAUUUUGUUAACAUUAAACGCAAUGCAGUUUCCGCUAACCUGUAUGGAGCUUUCAGAAAUGCCUGUUCCCAAAUAUGAAAUAUGAUUAUUUAACAAUCAUGCUUUAUACGUUUUUAUCUUCUUUUCGCAAGUUAAAUGUCGGAGUAGCUAUUGCUAGUGACGUAACGAGACCAUACGCGAUGUUCGGGCGACAUACCGAUGAGAUGAAAAGUGGUUGUGAGACAUCAAGACGAUAGAGGCCGUAAGUCGUGAAUAGAUAUAUAGAAAAAAAUAUAUUUUAGGAUGAUGCAUGCGUCGCUGUAUUAUACAUUUUUUUUGUAAAGCCAUGUGUAUUAUUAUACAGAUAUUGACUAGCAGGGGGUGUAAUAUAACAUUCUUUGGACCGCUGAAGGGAGUUGUAUUUUGUUACAUACCUCAUGGUAGGAUUCUAGGUCUCUGAUUGGUCAGAACUACGAGCGUAAAAGUGGCUAUCGACUGCCAUGUAACAGCUGUCGGUCAUUAGUAAAAACAUUGUCCGGAAAUGGCUCUUUUUGCAUGUAAAUCACAAAACAAGGACGACAUAAGUAUUAUCAUAAUAAUGAAUCUGGAUUUAUAGCGCUUAAAACCAAAUACCGUCACUGUGCACUACAAAACUGCUUUGAAAAUCGUACUUUAAAUACCUUUUGUAAGGUAUAUUUUUAAAAGAUUUGCCAUUUUUACGGAUGCACAUGUGGGGUGUGGCACAUAAAAGGACUACUGACGACAAAGUUGGUGUCACCGAUAAAACUUAACCCUUUAUGGUGAGUAGUUUUCUGUCAAUUAUGAGCAUUGCCCCGCAAAUUAAAUUAUUCAAUAUUUUGUAUACUAUCACCACCGAAUGAGAUGGACAGGCUACAAGUUUGUCUUACGCUGUUAAAUUUAAGACGGGCCUUAUUUCAGCUGUUAAUGUAUGGUUUCAGAUUAUCUGUCCAUAUUUUUAGCAACAUAAGGAGCCAAAUCUAAGAAAGGAUAUUUAUAUUUUCAGCCUCUAAAGUGCUCCGUAAUAAUAUUCCGCUUUUAUAUAGCGCUUAAUACAAAUGUCUCUAAGGGCUUUACAGAUAUAUUAUUACCCCGCUCAUUGGAUUCAACAAUUGCCCGCACGCACGGUGUGCACAAUCUCCACUCCCUGGGGAGUAGUCCGGCCAGGCGUUACUUGUCGCUCAAAAACUGACCAACGAUGACGGUAGCAUCCUACCGGGUACCCAUUUAAUACCUGCCGAAGGUUAUGAGUGCCGUGUCGGGAUUCGUAAUGUAAUUUUAAUAAAAUAAUAUAAUAUUUAACAAGGAAGUGUUUCAUCUAUUCACGAUGUUGGUCACCAUCUCUUGCACGUUUCUUCAUUAUACCGCUUAUGAUUCGUGUACUCGGUAUUCGUCCGUCACCGCCCGGCAUGAAGGCCAAUAUGGAUCCAAUGAAAAUAGUACUCCCGCCUAUUCGGAACUGAAACCAUGAAUUUUGCUGUUUUCUUUCCGAGAAUACAUGCACAAAAUGUGCAUUAUUAAGCUUUGAAGGAAUGAUAUGUCGUAUAGGCUAUUUUACAUGCGUUCCAGUCGGGCAUUAUACUGCGAUAAUUUAUUAAAUCAAGUAUUAAACAUUUUCUGGAUGAUGAAAUUGUUUCGUAUUUAAGUGAAAAUUGCAUCGGCCCGCCUUUAAAAUGAAUUUAUACAGGUACUCUAUCGUUCCUUUUAUGCUGAAAUUGUUAGUAGACCGUAUGUUUUCUUCAUUUAUUGCUUUACGUUAUUCGCGAAAAUAUGCACAAUACUAAUUAUCUGUUUCUUUUUCCUGAAAAAAUAUGAAAUAUUGUAAGUUAUCAAAUGUAAUAGUGUUGAUAGAAAAGACAAAUAUCUCUCUUUUUUUUAGGGUGAUCGAGAACAACAUUUAUCCGACACCAUUCAUACAAUGAAUAUAUAUAACGAAAAUGGACGUUCCAUCGAAACCUUUACGCAUAAUAUUUCACUUAUACCCACUUAGUUUCGGGUUACUUGAAAUAUUUCACUUUCAUCUCUUAUGGAAGCACUUGUAGACAGUUAAGCAAGUAGCACACGAGGCGUUAUUUUGAUUGCGUUAUCCGCGCGUUAUAAACGAGCUGUGACGAGCCUAUAGACGCUAAUAAUUCAACGCAAUGUUUUCAUCGCUGAUUAUUUUGCCAUCACUUGUUUGUACUACGUCAUUCGCACGGCGCGUUAAAGACCGUACAAAUCACUGACGCAACUCUGCGUCAGGCAAAUGACGCCUCGUGUGCGAUGGGCAUUCGUUUAUGAUUGGGCAGAAGAUAAGGCACUUCUCCAGGGGGCGUUUCACAAAACUUGUCAUCAGUGACAAAUUACAGCGGUUUCAAGUUACUUAAAUCCUUGCAUCUGGUUGGAUAUCAGCGGAUUUGUCACUGAUUUGGGUCAUUUGUCAUUGAAAAAAGGCUUUGUGAAACGGGUCCCAGGAGUGACCUGAAAUCUCCCGACUCUCUAACGAAAUUCCACGAUACAACUAAAGCAUCGUUGGACGAAUAUAAAAAAAAUUCGCGUGCUUUAUUGGUAAACUAACGCAGACUUUGAUUUUGAUAUAAAUAGAUUGUAUAGGCAAUGUUCUAUGAAUAAUUGGUGUUAUUUUGAUACUUGUAUAUAUUUUUUUCUCGGAAGUGUUUCGUGAUGGUAGUGGGGUUGCUUGUAAAUUUGCCACCCAUGGAUUUGGUGAAAUAUAAUAUGAUUUUUCCUUGGCGCUGUUCCUAUGUAUGAUAAUGCAUUUUUGUACAUUCCUGUAAAAUAACAACUCGUCUUUCAAAAAUGGUGGGCAUUACUUUAGUUGUUCUAGAAAUGUUUUUGUUGAUCAAUUUUAGAGUAGCCGAGAUUUGCGCCGUUAUAACGUUUUAAUCAUGUAUAUUACAGUUUCCGUAAUAAACUAAUUUCUAUUUAAAUUAUUUGAUAAUAUUGUGGUUCCCUUGUAUACUUUGCACCUAAGAUUGAAUGCUUACUUUUUGUUGUACGCGAAUUUCGUUCGAACUGCUGUAGAUGCAAUCUGUUUUUUGCCGUUUUGUAUAUGUGUUUCUUCAAUAUUCUCUCCAUUUACGAUGCACCAAUCUGAUUCGAUUUUUGUUUUUGUACUGAAGCCAUUAUUGGCCAGUCCGCGCAAAAUUAAAACGAAAAUUUGUUUCGUAUAACAAUUAUCUGGUCGAUGGUUACUUUUAAGCUACUAGAUAUCAUGUAAAUACACUCUUCUUCUUAAUUCGAUCACUAGCAUCAAAGGAACUAUAUCGCUUUAAAUAAAGCAGCGCGUUUCAUUGCAUUUAAAGUGUGGCAAUUUUUUUUUUUGUAUUUUGGGGGUCAAUUAUUUGCCCCUUAAAAAUUUGUUUCGUCCUAACUGUACCUCUCACAUAUGAAACGAGAGUUUUUAUUUUGUUGUAUAUAAGUUUGACAUUUUUCCAAAUUUCGGAGAGUAAUACUCUGUCUUUUUUUUUUUUCGUCUUUUUUAAAAAUCUGAAAUAUUUUUUUUUAUAAACGUAAUUUAUCUCGCAAGCAAUACAUUUUGAGACUCAAUGUAAUAAGAAUCUGUUCUGUAAAUUAUCUUAAAAUACGCCUGCCUGUAUGUUGUUUGGUACUCAGUCCAUUGAAGCGCGAAACAUGUUUUUUUAUUCUAAGUUACUCUGAUAACACUCUUACGACAAAAUAAUCACAGUACUAGUUGUAAAGAGUUAAAUGUAAAAUGGUGUAUAUAUGUACUGCGUACAUGUACAUACAGUGUAUUGUCUUUUGAAGAUUCGUUUCAAAUAACAUUGAAGUGUUUGUAUCGCUCAUAUGUAUAUCUCGUUUAAAUAUGAAUAUGAUUCAUUUUUCGUGUUGCCAUUUUAUGUCAAACAUUUUGAUAACUUGUCCAGUAAGCGAGGGUGAAAUAAAUAAGGGGUAUAAUCCCUUCUAAAAUAAGACAAAAAA